UCUCUCUCUCUCUCUCUUACUCACUCACUCUCUCUCUCUCUCACUCUCUCUCUCUUUCUCUCUCUCUCUCUUAAAUUGACAUUGGUCUGGCUCGAAACAUGAUAACAAAAAAGCCUGCCUCCGCUCCGCGUUGUCGGGCUAUCCUCAACCCCGAUCACUUGAAACUCAAAUAAGCAGGCGUAAAGAGGGAGAAGGGAUCGCACAGGAUCCUGUCAGCGGGUGUUCAGAGGGAAUAACAAGAGACCUUUAUACCACACACACACCCUUGUAUGUGCUCUUGCGCAUCGCAGACCUUAGAAAGUGCUGGUGUUCAACUACAGUGAAAGUUAACAUGUAUAUGCACGCUUUGAUUCGCGCAAGCCUUGGAUUUGUAGGUUUCUGCUUGGUCGUCUUUGUCCAACAGUCAGCUUCAGGAAGUAAAACCACUCAAGAUGUGGACGAGUGUGCAGAGGCGCUUGACAACUGCAGCAUCGAUGCCAUCUGCCAGAACACCCUGAAGUCAUACAAAUGUAUCUGCAAGUCAGGCUAUAAAGGGGAUGGCAAACAUUGUGAAGAUGUCGAUGAGUGUGCAACUGACUACAACGGCGGCUGUGUCCACGAGUGCAUUAACAUCCCAGGAAAUUACAGGUGCACAUGCUAUGAUGGCUUCCGCUUGGCACAUGACGGGCACAAUUGUCUAGAUGUGGAUGAGUGCUCGGAGGGCAACGGCGGGUGCCAACAGAUUUGUGUCAACAUGAUGGGCAGCUACGAGUGCCGCUGCAGAGAAGGAUUCCUUCUGAGUGACAACCAGCAUACCUGUAUCCAAAGGCCUAAAGUGCAAGCAGACAGUGCGAAGGAGGGACCCACCUGCAUGGACAAGAAUCACGGCUGUGCACACAUCUGCAGGGAAACACAGAAGGGUGGCAUCUCCUGUGAGUGCCGACCCGGAUUCCAGCUCACCCGUAACAUGAAGGACUGCAAAUUGACGUGUAACUAUGGUAAUGGGGGUUGCCAGCACAUCUGCGAGGAGACAGACCACGGCCCCAAAUGUUCGUGCCACAUGAAGUUCGUCCUCCACAGCGAUGGAAAGACUUGUGUAGGGGAGAGGAGUGUCCAGUCCCCGGCAGCCCCACAGCUGUUCCCCAAUGAGACCUGUGCAGUGAACAAUGGCGGCUGUGAUAGCACAUGUCAUGAUUCAGUGACAGGAGUCCGCUGCAGCUGUCCUGUUGGCUUCACUCUGCAGCCGGACCGCAAGACAUGCAAAGACAUUGACGAGUGCCGUCUGAACAAUGGGGGGUGUGACCAUGUGUGUCGGAACACAGUGGGCAGCUUUGAAUGCAGCUGCAAGAAAGGCUACAAGCUGCUGACCAAUGAAAGAACUUGUCAAGACAUUGACGAAUGCUCUUUUGACCGUGCCUGUGACCACUUUUGUGUCAACUCUGCCGGCAGUUUCCAGUGUCUUUGUCAUAAAGGCUACGUCCUCUACGGCCUGGCACACUGCGGAGAUAUUGACGAAUGCAGUAUAAAUCGUGGGGGCUGUAAAUAUGGCUGCAUUAACUCCCAGGGCAGCUACGAGUGUACCUGUCCAGCAGGGUUCAAGCUGCACUGGAACAGGAAAGACUGUAUUGAGCUUGUGAAAUGUCCUCUGGGACUGGUCGCACCAAAAGCCACUCUGACCUGUAGCAAGACGGGGAAGAAAGAGAGCUGCUCUCUUACCUGUGCCUCUAAAGCUCACUAUCUGGCAGAGUCUGACAACAGCUACUCGGUCAGUUGUGGCAUCCCCAUCCUCAGAGGAAAGUCUCCUUCCAGGCUCAACUCCAGCAGCAGUCAGAGCUGCAUAGAGACUUUGGCCCCUCCAGUGAAGCAGACGGCUUCGUUCAAGAUUAAAAACGCCAAAUGUCACCUGCACCCUAAACUGACAGGCAGGACGGAGGACAGGGGACGGACACUAGGACCAGGAGGGGGGCAGCCCUGCAGCAACUGCCUUGUAACAUUUGUCAACCUCAAAUGUGACUCCUCCAAGAAAGCUAAAGGGCGACGUGCUCGCAACCCUUCUAACAAAGAGGUAACCCGCAUUACUUUGGAGCUGGAAGCUGAGGUCAAACCUGGAGACACUACAGGCAGUUGCAAUCUGAGCUGCCUGAGACAGCGCAUGGAGAAGCAGGUUAAGACCUACAUCAAGGCUCUGAAGAAGUCCAUCAACCAGGAGCGCUUCCUGAUCCGAGUCGCUGGUUUGGAAUACGAGGUGGCACAAAAACUUCCCCAGGCUGCUCCCAGUCAGGAGAACUGCGGGCCAGGCUGGGAGAGGGAAAGUGGCCGAUGUGUCAGAUGCUUGCCAGGGUCUUACUACCAUGGUGAGCAGGAGCGCUGUGUCCAGUGUCCCCCAGGCACUUUCCAGGAGAAGGAGGGGCAGCUGGCCUGUGACCUCUGCCCUGGCAGUGAUGGCCACGGGCCGGUCGGGGCACGAAACAUCUCCUCAUGCGCAGGCCAGUGUCCAACAGGGUCCUUCUCCAGCGAUGGGUUCAAACCUUGUCAGCCAUGCUCUCAGGGCACCUACCAGCCAGAUUUGGGACGGACCCUGUGCUUCCCCUGUGGGGGAGGACUGAGCACCAAGCGGGAGGGUGCCAGCUCCUUCCAUGACUGUGAAGUCAAAGUUCAGUGUUCUCCAGGUCAUUACUACAACACUACAGUACACCGGUGCAUCCGCUGCCCCGUGGGGACCUAUCAGACUGAGUUUAGACAGAACUACUGUAUUUCCUGCCCUGGGAACACCACCACUGAUUUUGAUGGCGCCACAAGCGUCUCUCAGUGCAAGAAUAGGCAAUGUGGUGGAGAGAUGGGCGAGUUCAUGGGUUAUAUUGAGUCACCUAACUAUCCCGGUAAUUACCCCGCUAAUGUGGAGUGUAUUUGGAACAUCAACCCACCCAGCAAGCGCAAGAUCCUAAUUGUGGUGCCGGAGAUUUUCCUGCCAUCAGAGGAUGAGUGUGGAGAUGUGUUAGUUAUGAGGAAGAACUGGUCAGCCACAUCCAUCACCACCUAUGAGACAUGUCAGACGUACGAGCGGCCUAUCGCCUUCACAGCUCGCUCCAGACGUCUCUGGAUCAACUUCAAGUCCAAUGAGGCCAACAGCGCCAGGGGCUUUCAGAUCCCCUACGUUACUUAUGAUGAGGACUACGAACAGCUCGUAGAGGACAUAGUGCGAGACGGAAGACUGUACGCCUCAGAAAACCAUCAAGAAAUCCUCAAGGAUAAAAAACUGAUUAAGACUCUUUUUGAUGUGCUGGCUCACCCUAACAACUACUUUAAGUACACCACUCGGGAGUCCAACGAGAUGCUGCCUCGCUCCUUCAUACGUCUCAUAAGCAGCAAAGUCUCAGCUUUUCUGCGACCAUACAAGUAAAAGGUCACACAGUUGCUGAUGCACCGGAUCGCGAGCCCCCGACAUCCCCCUCCACCUUCCAGGCCAUGUCCCGCAACUCCCACAGGGCUUAAAAAAAAAACAAAAAAAACACAAAACAUACCACCAUGUUUACCCUCUUAUUUUCCAUAGGCUUUGACAAUAAACACUAUGCAGACCUGAAAAAUACUGAACAUUAUUUGUGUUUUAGGUUUUUUUUUGUCAGUUUCCAUUCAACACAGGUCUGCAGUCCCGAGCUCAAUCAUUUAGUGGGAUAUAGAGUAUAUGAGUGGGUUUGGUUUCUAUUGUGUUGUGCAACGAAACCACACAAAAAACACAAAACAAUAGAAACGGCCAUUUCAGACAGGAGUGGCGUUUUGUGUGCGCAGUUGAGCUUGAUAGUUAUUGUGUUUGCGUAAAUGAGUUCCAGCUCCAGCUCCAACCAUUAAGUAUGACUGUAAGUGUUGUGUAAGUGUUGUGUAACCCUGGUUCCAUCUUCCGUGUCUGUGUGCUGUCCUCGAGGAGGAGCAGUUGUUAAAUUCAUGUCGCAGCUGCGUUCCAGGUCAUUUAUAGCCUUACUAUAUUUGAGCUCUUAGAGCGAUUUCCAAGAGUUUUACUGUUAAAACAGUUAAUCUGUGUUUUGGUCCGUCUGUCUAGACUGUACCGGUAUUUUCCAACGUGGAGAUAAUUUCUGUUGCUUUUUGAAGCCAACUUGAAGCAAAUACAAAAAGGUGGUUUGUCAAUCCAGGAACACAGUGAACAUUUGGGAGAUGAAUAACAAACUAACAUUGUAAGAGCCACAGAAAUGAGAAUGUGAUGUCUAGUGGAACAUGUCUCGGUGAGAGAGAGAGAAUGUCUUUGAGGGACAUUAUGUUUGCUGCUUCUUUUAAAAAGGUCACUUUAAUUCUUCAAUCUCACUGUCUUUCUGAUGUACUCUACACAUUAAUAGUCUAUACGUUUAAAACAAAAGAAAGCUCAGAAUCUGAAAUACUUUAGUUCUCACACACAGUAAGUUGAUAAUCUCACAUUGCCUGUCUGUGGACUACCAGUUUUAUUGUGUUUUUAUUUCAAUCUUGUAAAUAAUGAAAAUAAAUUAGACGAGGGUUGAAUUCUUUAAUCCUAUUUUUUUUUCUUUUUUUUUUUCUUUAAACGCAGGCCCCCCAAAAUCACUUUCUGCCCUUGUUCCACCCAUCUCAAAUCCAAAGACACCCAGUGCCCCCUCCAAACACCCCACAAACAUUUUGUUCUGUCCCAAUGAAGACAGCUCUUCCAAAGACCGCCCAAAAAGGGGCGGGUCAAGGCAUUUUGUGCACUACAUUUAGAACCCAUCAUCCUACCUUUUUAGUAUGAAGUGCAAUGAAUGAAGAUAACACACCUUAAUCUUGGUUACGCCCACAUAAAGGUUGUGAAAUGUGUUUUGGGCUGCAGUCUUUUUGAGACUCAUUGUAUGAAAUAUUUAUCAGUCACUAUGGGCAGAAGAUGUUAGGUUUAAACAUGUAACUCCAAUCCCAAAAAAAAAAAAAAAAAAAAAAAAAUUAAGUCUGUUAAAAUGUGUUAUAAAUUUGUAUUUGGUGUGUAAAAAGAAAAAAAAGAAUUAAAAAAAAAAAGUGAUUUCAAAACAGUGACCAAAACAGGGUAAAAUAAUUUAUGUUUAGUAAAAAUCUAACUUUUCUUCAUGUAAGGAUCUGUAAAAUAGUUUAAUAGUAGAAUAGUUUGACAUUUUGGAAAACACUUGUUUACUUCUUUGUCCAGACUUAGAUGAGAAGAUUGAUACCAUUCUCGACUGUACAAUAAAUAUAAAGCUAUAGCCAGCAGCUGGUUAUCUUAGCUUAGCCUAAAGAGUGGAAACAGCUAGUCUGGCUCUGUCAAAAAGCUUAAUGAAACCUGCCCAACUCACCUCUAAAGCUCAAUGAUAAACACAUCGUCUUGUUUGUUUAAAAUGGUACAAAAGUCAGAGGGUAAAAAACAAGAAGUUGUGGUUUGUGGGGGAGAUUUACAACUAUAACUGGACCAGGUGCAGUAACCUCCAGAAAGUGAAUAAGCAAAUUUCCCUAAAUGUCAGGACUAUUCCUUUAAAGUCGUUAUCACCACCACUGCAGUUGAAUCAGUACAGAUGACUACAUGGUCAGUGGGCAAGUGACAAUGAUAACCCUCUAAAGAAAUUAAAUCAAGUUGAUGCUUACUCUGUCUAAUGAUUAUAUAUCAGGAAGGAUGUUUUGUCCCCACUCAUGUAAAUAAUUUUUUUUUUUUUUUAAGAAGUGGGAUGGUACAGUUCAUAUCAUGUACCAGCCAGUACCUGAGCUUUAGGAUGACACAAAAGGGAAUUUGACCACAGUCAAAGUUGAGGGAAAUGCUGGGCCAUGCCAUGAAGAAAUCAUGUCAGAUUAAAAUUCCUCUCUACACAUCUCACUUAAUGCAAACAGUCAGAUUAUUUACAUUAUAUCUAUGUAGACGCCAUCACGCAGCAUCCCAGUGUGCUCACUCGGCCCACAUGCCCUCAUUCCCCAACCCCCACCCCGGAAGAAAAAAAAAAAAAAAAAAAAAAAAAACAGAAAACAGCUUCUUUCCUGCAACCUGAUAAAUUUGUUUUUUUUAUUUUAUUUUAUUUUAUUUUAUUUUUUUUUAUUGUUGCCUUUUAACGAGAGUUUGCUAUGAUGUAUCAUAGAGUUGAUAAUGAUAUUUGCACUUGAAUUGUUAUUGCUCAUGUAAAGAAAUGUCUGGAUUUUGUAUUGUCUUUUUAAAUGAAUGGAAUUGGUGUUCUUAUUUUCUUGUAGCUUGUUUGUUCAUGAAAUGUUCACUCACCGUUUAGUCUAUAGAGAUGAUACACAUACAGUAACAUUAUCAACUGUAAAAAGAAAAAAAAAAAAAAUCUAUGUACAGAGGUGAAUGAAACAAGUUUGUACUUGUUACUGCCCAAAACGCUUACCGAAAUAAACAUACUGUACUUCAGCUUCA